AUGCAUAAUGAGGAUGAGACUCUGUUGCCUUUCUUUAAAAUAUGUGAUGAGCUGUCUCUACAUAAUGGUCUUGUAAUCUGUGGUACUCAUCGUCUCAUUGCCCCACCAGGAUUACAAGCGAAACUGAUACAAUUGGCCCAUGAGACACACCAAGGGAUUGUACGAACGAAGCAACGAUUGUGUGAUUUAUAUUGGUGGCCUGGUAUGGAUAAGCAGGUUGAAGAUACUAUUAAAUCUUGUGUGACUUGCCAGCAUCAUGACAAGACUGCAAUCACACAUGUGCCACCAUUGCAGCCUGUCCCACUUCCUGAUUCAGCUUGGGAGAAGUUGGCCAUUGAUAUUGUGGGCCCAUUCAAGAGGGCACCUGCUGAUUGUCGUUAUGCCAUCACCCUUAUAGACUAUUUUAGUGAGUGGCCUGAAGUGGCUUUUACUUCCCACGCUACUUCUGCUGCUGUUAUCACCUUCCUUUCUGCAGUUUUCAGUCAAGAAGGAGAUCCAAUGGAACUGAUUUCUGACAAUGGCACCCAGUUUACCUCGGUAGAAUUUGAGACUUUCCUGUCAGAAAGAAAUAUUUGCCACAGGCGCUCAUCAAUUUACUAUCCACAGGCAAAUGGUGAGAUAGAACGUUUUAAUAGGAGCUUGAAACAAAGUCUACAAAUGGCUGAACUAGAAGAUUUCUUACAAGUUUAUAGAUCUACCCGGCAUGCCACAACACAAAAGUUCCCAGCCGAAUUGUUACAUGGACGGGAGAUGUGCACAAAGCUGAAAGUUGCUGGACUACUCGUGCCUAAGUCAGAUGCUUCCUUACAGCCAGGCAUGAAACAAAUAGUACACCAAAAACAACAAAAAUAUAAGAGGGAUAAUCCUUACACCACUAAAGAAGCUCAUCAAAAGUUCAUGGAAAUUUAUCCAAAAAUAUUCACUAAAGAAAAGGCUAUGUUGCCAGGAAUUCCUGAAAAAAGAACAAAAGGGAUACAUUCCUGUGAUUUCAGCAAAGACACUAUAACUGGUGAAGAUUCUCAUAACAUAGCCUUCUAUAUAAAUCAGAUUAAAAAAUGCCAGAAGUUGCGUUCUGGUUCUCCAGAAUUCAUAGAGAAGUUGCAAAUCCUAACAAAGAUACUCAAGAAGAUCCCAAUUCUCAGAUCUCCAGAAGAACAUGAGACUGUAUUUAAGACAAUGAAAGUAAUUCCGGACAUCAGUGAACAGCUUUCUGAUGCAGAGAUGAGGCAUCUCUGUACAACUGUCAUAAGGGAAUUCUGGGUGAAAGGAAGCACAGUGGAUGGAAGCCAAGCGUUCUAUGCAAUACUCAAAGGCUCUGUUAGAACACUGACAAAAUAUUACAAAAAGAUGAUUGGAGGAGGUUUCGUUUCAGGUCAUGUUCAGUGGACCAGUUCAUCUGAACUAUCUCCGUCAGCUCCCCAAAUGUUGUUUGGGAUAGGAACUUGCUUUGGGACUUUGGUGCCGCUCCCUCCAAAGAUGCAUCACAAUGUGCUAACAAUCGUUACUGAGGAAAACUGUGACUUUCUCAAAAUCUCAUCUACAGAUUAUUUAAGAGUGAAAGAGGAAUUAGGAAAGCGUGAACAGCUUGCCAAAGAAGAAUUAAUCCGUGGCUGUCCGUAUUAUCAAAACUGGCCUAUGGUAUUUAUAUUUCAGCUGACUGCUCAGUUAAAAUGGAGGAAGUUUCCGAUAGACCAUGUAUUUAUGAAAGGAGGAGAAAUAAGCCAAUAUGUUGGAUUCAUUAAAUCUGGAUGCUGCAAUGCUUACCGAAUAAUUCCAGCCCUUGUGAAGCGACCCUUAGGAAAAAUGAUUAAGCGAAUGAAACAAGUCCUCAUUGGCCAGCUGUGUUCAAGAGAGUCCUUUGGAGAAGUAAGCAUUCUUCUUCAGAUCCCAUCUACAUAUACGCUGAAAGCAGCAACCCCCGUUGAACUGGGAAUUAUUGAUGCUACGGAUAUACUUGGUUUAGAUCCAGUGAUUCAGAUGCUCCUUCUACAAACAGUAAAGCCAUCAUUUGAAAAUAUCACAUAUGAUGAUCUCAAGCUUGAAUAUAUAAAAAAAGAAGGAGAAAAAGAAUGGAAGCACAAAAAGGAUAUGAUACUGCAAGAUGUAUUGUCCUACAAUGGAAUUAUUCCCGGUGCUGGAAAAUGGGUUCAUGAACUGCUGAUUUCAGAUAAGGGAGAGAGAAAGCAUGAAGAGGAUUCCCAUAUUGCUACAUACAGAAGACCUGUGUAAAACAGCAUGGAGAUUCAGUGCAAACUAACAGUUUCUCCAUUC